AUGCGAAAAACAAGAGAGAAGGACACGACGAUCGAUAUAGAACGUGAAUCGUGGGACGAGCUACAGAGAAGAAUCAAUAGCUUGGUGAACAAGGUAAACGCCAACAAUUUAAACCAUGUUGUUCUUGAACUCUUUGAAGUCAAUCUCAUAAGAGGAAGAGGUCUUUUGUGCAGAUCAUGUCUCAAAUCUCAGAUAGCUUCUCCUCCUCAGUUCACCGACGUGUUCGCUGCUUUGGUCGCAGUCGUGAACUCCAAGUUUCCUUCUGUUGGUGACCUCUUGUUGAAAAGAUUGUUUUUGCAGUUCAGAUGGGGUUACUUUCGCAACGACAAGCCUCUGUUGUUAGCUGCGGUUAGUUUUCUUGCGCAUCUCGUGGACCAGCGAGUCGCUGGAGAGACUGUUGCACUCGAGCUUCUCCACACGCUUCUUGGUGAGCCUAGUGGAGACACCGUUGAGGUUGCUGUUGCGUUUGUUACAGUGUGUGGAGCCACGCUUCUUGAGGUUUCUCCGACAGUUUUCGACAUCUUUAGAGGGAUUCUUCAAGAAGGUGACUUGGAUUACACGUCUAAGUGUUUGGUUGAGUCUUUGGUUAGAUGCAACUUUGAGAGUCACAAAGCCAUUCGUCCUGAGUUAGAUUUACUUGACGAGCAAGUAACACAUAUAAUCUCUCUCUUUGAUGAGAUCGAUCCCGAGACUUCCUUAGACGUCUUCAAACCCGACCCUGAGUUCCACCAAAACGAGAGGAAGUACGAGCAGCUCAAAAGGAAGAUACUUGGGGAAGAAGAUACAGAAGAAGAAGAUCAUACAGAAACUGAUCUUGUCAGUCUUAGGAGGACAAUCUACCAAACAAUCAUGUCAAGUCUCAACUUUGAGGAAGUAGUGCAUAAACUACUCCAGAUCAGAAUCAAACCAGGUCAAGAGAUGGAGCUAUGCGUUAUGAUCUUGGAAUGUUGCACUGAGGAGAGAACUUACCGUUCCUUCUAUGGUCAGUUAGCACAAAGGUUCUGUCUCAAAAGCAAAGCGUACAUAGAAUGUUUCAAGAAUCUGUUUGUGCAGCAAUAUGUUACACUUCAUCGCCUUGAGACCAAUAAGCUGAGGAUUGUAGCCAUGUUCUACGUCCUCACGUAUCUUUGUGAAGAUUCUUUUUCAAGAACUCUCUGA